GUGCGCCGGGGUAGCGGGAUGUGUGCGCGGAGCUCCCGUCGCCUCUCCCGCGCGGGACGGAGCCGCGGGAGCGACGCCGGAGGGGUGAGGCCUCCGGCUGGCCGCCCGCAUGGAGCUGAGCAGCGCAGAGGCAGCCUCCACCCGCUUCCUCGGCCUCACUCAGCGCUCUGUCUCUGAAGAUCUGGGUUGCAGACGUGGAGAGUUUAGCAGAAAGCAUUACGGAUCUGUGGAGCUUCUUAUAUCUAGUGAUGCUGAUGGAGCCAUUCAAAGAGCUGGACGGUUCCGUGUGGAAAAUGGCUCUGCUGGUGAGAAUACAGACUACACUCCGGGUACGUGGCACAGAACAGACGUGCAUUUGGAAAACCCAGAAUAUCAUACAAGAUGGUAUUUCAAAUAUUUUUUGGGGAAAGUUCAUCAAAAUUAUAUAGGUACAGAUGCAGAGAAGAACCCUUUCUUUCUGUCUGUUGUACUGUCUGACCAAAAUAAUCAGCGUGUUCCUCAGUACCAUUCAAUACUUUGGAGAAAGACAGGUACUCAGAAAAUAUGUCUCCCUUAUAGUCCCACAAAAACAUUAUCAGUGAAAUCUAUAUUAAGUGCUAUGAGUCUCGACAAAUUUGAGAAGAGCCCAAGGGAGAUUUUUCAUCCUGAGAUACAAAAGGAUUUAUUGGUUCUUGAAGAGCAAGAGGGAUCUGUGAAUUUUAAAUUUGGAGUCCUUUAUGCAAAGGAUGGGCAGCUUACAGAUGAUGAAAUGUUCAGCAACGAAACUGGAAGUGAAAACUUUCAAAGAUUUUUGCAUCUCUUGGGUGACACAAUUACUUUGAAAGGCUGGACAGGCUACAGAGGAGGACUGGACACUAAAAAUGAUACAACAGGAACCUGUUCCAUCUAUACAGUUUUUCAAGGGCAUGAAAUUAUGUACCAUGUUUCAACCAUGCUACCAUAUUCUAGAGAGAACAAGCAGCAGGUAGAAAGGAAGCGACAUAUUGGAAAUGACAUUGUCACUAUCGUAUUUCAGGAAGGCGAAGAGUCUUCUCCAGCAUUCAAGCCAUCCAUGAUUCGCUCUCAUUUUACACAUAUUUUUGCCUUAGUGAGAUAUAAUAAGCAGAAUGAUAGUUACAGGCUGAAAAUAUUUUCCGAAGAAAGUGUUCCUCUCUUUGGGCCUCCCCUUCCCUCCCCACCUGUGUUUACAAAUCACCAGGAAUUCAGGGAUUUUGUGUUAGUGAAAUUAAUAAAUGGGGAAAAAGCCACCUUGGAAACCCCAACAUUUUCUCAGAAACGUCAACGCACUCUAGACAUGCUGAUCCGCUCUUUAUACCAAGACCUGAUGCCUGAUCUACACAAGAACAUGCUCAAUAGAAGGUCCUUCAGCGAUGUGUUACCAGAGUCCCCAAAAUCAACACGGAAGAAAGAAGAAGCUCGGCAAGCAGAGUUUGUCCGACUUGGUCAGGCAUUGAAAUUGAAAACCACGGUGAAAGGGGAUGCCACGGCUAACUUGGCAACCACAAGCUUUUGUAAAAAGGAGCCUUGGGAAUCUCAAUCUUUCUGCAGUAAUUUUCCUCAUGAGGUUGUCUGUGCAGAUUCUUGGGGCCAGUCCUUGCUGGUUUCUACAGAUGCUGGCAUCUUGUUAAUAGAUGAUGGUCAACCAUCGGUGCAAGUAUUUGAUAAAACUCUCCAAAUAAAGCAGAUGCAUGUGUUGGAAGCUCUGGAUCUUUUGAUUGCCCGAACAGACAAAGGAAAAGACUCUCGUCUCCUUGUCUUCAGGCUCAGUGCUGUCCAAAAACGUAUAGAAACAAAGCAAAUGAUAAGAAGCAAAUACGACUGCAGAGAAAAUAAACUGGAGAGAACAAAAGGCUGCCAUUUGUAUGCCAUUAAUACUCACCAUGGCAGUGAACUGAGGAUUGUUGUGGCUAUUCGGAACAAACUACUUCUCGUCACAAAGAAACAUAAUCCACGCAACAUUUUAACCAGCAGCUCUCUGCUAUCAUCAUCUGAAUCUCCAGUAGAGGAGUUCCAGUACAUCCGGGAAAUAUGCCUUUCUGACCCUCCAGUGGUUAUGACACUAGUGGAUGGACCUACUGGAGACAGUGACAAUAUGAUCUGUGUAGCCUAUCGGCAUCAGUUUGAUUUAGUUAAUGAGAGUACUGGGGAGUCCUAUAGAUUGCAUCAUGUUGAAACAAACAAGGUUAAUUUUGUUGCAGCUAUUGAUGUAUAUGAAGAUGGUGAAGCUGGCCUACUGUUGUGUUAUAACUAUGUUUGCCAAUACAGAAAGGUAUAUCCUUUCAAUGGAGGUUCUCCACUGAUCCAGCCAUCGGCUUAUGACUUCCACUUCAGCUGGAAUCAAGUUCCUUAUGCUGUUGUCUGUGCUUUCCCUUAUAUCCUUGCCUUCACUACUGAUUCCAUUGAGAUCCGAUUAGUGGUGAAUGGGAACUUAGUCCACACAGCAGUUGUACCUGAGCUUCAACUUGUGGCAUCAAGGUCAGAUAUUUAUUUUAAAGCUACUGCUGCAGUAAGUGGAUCAUCUGACAGCAGCUCUAAGGAAAUGAGUUCAAGGAGUUCUCCUCAAACGCCGACAGCUUAUGACAUGCCAGAAUGUCCUCUUUCUUCUGUAGAAGGUGAAGUUCCAUGCAAAAACCUGUACAAAAUUCCUCUCAGUAAUCUAGUUGGGCGAAGCAUUGAACGACCUCUAAAGUCACCUUUGGCUCCCAAAGUUAUUACUACUACAACAUCCAGUGGCAUUGCCUCUCUUCCAGUUACUCACUCGCUAUCUUUAUCUCGUAUGGAAAUUAAAGAAAUUGCAAGCAGAACACGUAAAGAAUUGCUGGGCCUCUUGGAUGAGCCUAUACCCAAGACAGAAAGUGCACAGAAGCAAAAAAAGGUUCCUCGAAGACAGUCAGACCCCAAGCAGGGAGCAGUAAGAUCAACUAGUAGUGACAGGAUAAUCUCAGGCUCUUUUGAAAGCUAUUCUGAAGGACGUCAUCUUUCUACUAGUUCAGAUCCUGAUACUUUAGCAAACAGGGAGGAGAGCUCACCAUCUAGCUAUCCAUUUCAGCUGAUUUCUUUAUAUGAUGAAGACAUCAUUGACUUGAAGUGAAGACAGUCUUAAAACCUUUCUUCCUUCACAUUUUCUUACAACUCCAUGAGCUCUAUGGGAAUGUCACAAACACUGCUUCUAGUGGUAAAAUGUGGCUGGAAGUAUUGGUGAUUAAUCUUUAUAGAACCCAUAUUGUUCUGGCUAGCUCAGCCUGAUUUGAUGAUGCUUGUAUCUUUGACAUAGGUAUGUUUUCUUUUCUCAGUUAAUGAACCAUUACUUUUUGUGGCAUUCUAACAGUAGGUAAUCAAUGAGAGAUUUAGGCUGAAACAGAAGUAAAUAAAAAGUAUUACUUGUUCUGAGCUUCUUAAAAUGUGAGGUACCUGAAUGACAUUCAGCUAAGUUAAUCACUGUUAUUA